AUGCCGAAGGAACUAUGCGAGUUUUCUGUUCUGGAAAGAAGUGCCACCAUCGAGGUCAGGAUAAUCUUUGGAUCCUUCCCGAAGGAACCGUCUACUUUGAAAGCCUGGUCGAUAUUCGUCGACAAUCUAUGGGAACCAGUAGGUAAGAGGUCUGUAACCUUGCAUUCGUCAACGGCAAGGGGACCCCUCUCGAAGCAGGAAAGUGACUUUGGAGAGCAUGAUGUUACCAUCGACAAAAUCGCUCGCCCCAUUGCCACCAGUGUAUGUACAUACACUAUUCGGGUAAGGCAGAUGUCGAAUACGUUUCUAGACUGA